AUGGAUAAACAUCAGACGGAGGAUGGGUCUAACCUCAACAAGGAUCUAACGGCAUACAAUAAUUGUGCGAUUUGUACCCGUCCGGAUCACGACGAGAGCAAUAUGGUGUUUUGCGAGGGCUGCAAGGAUAAGGAUCCGGAAAAUGAUGCGAUUUCCGUUGACGACACCACUGAUGGAGCUGCGAAGGACAACGCUGGCAAGACUCGAACUAUCUCGGACGGCGAAAAGGUUGCUGUGGCAAUAGAGAAGAUGAAGAAGGAUAAAGAGCGUCUGAAGAGAAGGAUGGAGCAGAGGCUAACGUUGGCUAAGGCCCAAAUGGAGCUCGAAAACGAGAAGAUGGAGAUGGAAUGGGCACUAGAGAAGCAGAUUAUGGAAAUGAAGAUCGCUUCCAAACAGGCUUUCCAGAAGAAGAAGGAUUUGGAGAAGAAAAGGCUGAAGGAUCAGCUGAAGAAACUCGAUGACGGAGAAACGCAAACGGAAAAGGAGAUUCAGGAAUUGGAGCGGCGGAAAGAGGAAGCAAAAGGAAAGGGAACGAAAGCGAUGAAGAUCGAAUAUACAUCGAAAAGACCAGUGAGUUCUACUCCGAUAGCUAAUCCAGAAGCAAGCACGUCUGCGACUGGAGCGAAGAAGAAGACCGUCGAACGGAAGCAGUUAACGACCACGAUGGUGAAGAAAAAUUCCUGUGCAAGUGUGACCAGAGGACGAAGAGGAGAAACCGAAAGUGACGAAGAGAGUUCACAAGAAGAGGAAUCGAGCGGAUCCAGGGAGUCGGAAGAAGAGCAUCACGAGGAAGAAGAGGACGAAGAAGAAGCCACCGUGAGAAAAAUGAAACGUAACCGACCGCAAGAAGAAGCAGCUCCUACGAAACCGCAAAUAUCGGCUCGUCAGUUUCUUUUCCGAAAGCUGCCAAAUUUCACCGGGCGGCCAGAUGAGUGGCCGAUCUUCUUAAGCAGUUUCAAUACGACGACGAAAGUGUGCAGAUUUUCAAACUUGGAGAACCUUGCACGACUGCAGGAGAGCUUACUAGGUCCUUACAAGAGAAGCAGUGUGUAG